UAAAGUUUGUUUUAACUGUCCAAAUGAUCUUUGGUCCGCUAGAAUUAAAGCUAAAGCUACAAUUCCUACAAUAGUCUCCCUUGAACAGUUUUACCUGUCUGUCUACCCGAGCCAUUGUCACCUUCAUCUACUGUACAGACAGUCGAGUUGCACCAAAAAAAGAGAAGAAAAAGAAAAUGAUUAAUCUUCACAUUUAUUAUCAGACAAGUUUUAUUUCAGAUUAUAUAGGUGUUCAUGAUAAUGUGCCUAAAUAUGUACCAAAUACAUUGAGAGGGACUAUCCAAAGAUUCUGUUUGUGCACUCCAGUCCAGCAGGUGGCAGUGAGGCUCGUUUUGCUCACUUUAUUUCACGCCUGUAGCUUUAAACAGCACACAGCAGGCUGUAGUAGUAAAUACAUCCUGUUGUCUGGUCAUUGAGACCAUUUGGACCCGAGUGAGACGCAGCUGACAUGAAACUGAGGCACUGACUGGAGAUGAAACAGGAGUACCAGGAUCUUGUUCUGCAGGCGUGUGGUGCUUCAUCCCUGCGUGUCGGUGUUAAGAUCCAGACACUGUGGAGCGGUUAUGGGGAGAUACUCAGGCUGCACCUGGAGGGCUGCGACCGGCCCUCUGUGGUCGUCAAACAUGUCAAGUUUCCGGAAGAGGCCGAGCAUCCCGGCGGCUGGAACACAGAUCGAUCCCACAGACGAAAAGUAAGAUCCUAUCAGGUGGAGACGCACUGGUACAAGAACUAUUCCACCAAUCGGAGCUGUCGGAUCCCAGCCUGUCUGGCUGCCAGUUCCCAUGGAGACGAGAUGCUGAUUGUGCUGGAAGACCUGGAUUUGGCCGGUUAUGACCAGAGAAGGACUAGCGUGAAGGACAGAGAGAUAAGGGCUUGUCUCAGUUGGCUCGCCCACUUCCAUGCUCUCUUCCUGGGUGUGGCACCAGAGGGUCUGUGGCCUGUCGGUACCUACUGGCACCUGGAGACCCGGCCGGACGAGCUGGAGGCCAUGGAUGACGCCAAGCUCAAAGCAGCAGCUAGUGACAUUGACAAGAUACUCAACGAAUGCCACUUUAAGACCAUCGUUCACGGAGACGCCAAGUUAGCCAACUUCUGUUUUACCCAGAACGGACAGGAUGUCGCAGCUGUAGACUUUCAGUAUGUUGGCGGGGGCUGUGGGAUGAAAGAUGUUGUGUAUUUUUUAGGAAGCUGCAUGGAAGAGAGGGAGUGUGAAAAAAAGGUACCGGGCCUGUUGGACUAUUAUUUCUCAGAGCUGAAGAUAUCUCUGGAAAAAGAUGUGGACUUUGCUGCCCUUGAGAACGAGUGGAGGGAGAUGUUCGCCUUCGCCUGGACGGACUUCCAUCGUUUUCUGCUGGGAUGGAUGCCUGGACACUGGAAGAUCAACCGCUACAGUAAACAGUUGACCAAGGAGGUUCUGCACAAACUGGAGCUUUAAUCAGAACCAAAAACUCUAAUUCUAACAACCAGAGUGCCGAGUGUGUGACUGGAAGGUGACCAGUUCAUAAAUCAUAGAUGGGAAAAUGAAAAAUAUUCAUUUCUGGAGGAAUAAAAGUUUUUGAAAAGUGCUUAGGUUGUUUUUCUUCUAUACUGCAGCUCUUUGGACUGGCAAAAACUUGAUAGACUGCCCUGAACAGGGAUCAAACUCACAACCUUGGGAUUUAAAAGGGUAUCUUCUCAAACCACUAGACUACUACUACCACUUAAAUGCAAAAGAUAAUUUUUCAGGAGAAACUGGUUCACCUCUUUAACAUGGCUGCUAUGACUUGUACUGUAUGUCUAACAGUGUGUUUCUAAACAACUUCAUUUUAAGAUAGGAUGAGACAAGGUGGCAAGUAGGGAGUUUGUGUGUUUGUGCAUGCAGUGUGUUAGUAGAUUAUUUUAUAGUCUACAUUAGGAAGAAGAACAAAGUGUGUGUGUGUGUGUUUUUAGCAAUCACACAAUAAAGAGUGAGUUACCCUG